AUGGCUACGUCGGACCACGAACUUAUUCGCAACACUCUUGCACGCUACGCUAUAGGCGUAGAUUUCGAAGAUUGGGACACCUUCUCAAAAGCCUUUCUAGAUGAUGCCAAAAUCACUUUUCAGGCACCUAUCGGCACCCUGAGCGGAAUAUCAGCAAUCAAAUCGACAGUCAAAGCCAUGGUUGGGCCAUUCCAAACACAGCACGGUAUGACCACGCAACUCAUCGAGAUUACGGGCGAGAAGACAGCGGAAGCCACAAGCUAUGUUACCACUGUUCUUUCACGUACAGGAAAAGACGAAGGCAAGAGUGCAACGAUGUCGGGUUAUUAUCAGGACAAGCUUGUCAAGGUCGUUGUUGAUGGUGAAGUGGAUUGGAAGAUUUUGGAGCGUAAGGCAUUCAAUAGAGGAACACCUACAGGGGAUCUAUCUUUGAGCCCUUAA